AAAACCUACCUCACUUGAUCCGAACCGACUCAUCAUCAUCAUCAUCCUUCGCUGAAGCCCUAAUCGAAACAGAAAUAGAAACAGAAAAGGGGCAAAUGUCUGUCUCUCUCUCUACAAUUUGCGUAGCGUCAUUCAGUACAUUUAUUUGAUCAUAAAGCUAUCCUCCCUUCAGUUGAAUUUUCAGUAGUUGGGAAUCAUACUGGACCUAGGAGAUCUCCAUUAAGAAUAUGUCAGUACCGAAUGAUGAUUCUCAUUCACAGCUUCCGACUCACGUAUUGAAUGACCUUCUUGAUUCCAUUAUUGUUGACGUUGCAUCCGAAUGUCAUCGAAUAGCAAGGCUAGGUCUCGAUCGUAAUUUGGAAGAAGAGGAAGAAGAAUUGAGGCUGUCAGCUCAAGCUCGGGCCAGGGUAGCUGAUCCAAGUAAUAGUGGUGAAACAAAUAGCAAAUAUGUGGUUGACAUAUUUGAACAAACUCAUCCUUCCGUAGCCAGUGACAUAUUCGAGUGCAUGAACUGUGGGCGAUCAAUUAUGGCUGGAAGGUUUGCUCCUCAUUUGGAGAAAUGCAUGGGAAAGGGUAGAAAGGCUCGUCUCAAGGCAACAAGAAGUAGCACAGCUGCACAGAAUCGGUACUCACGGGGCAGCCCUGUUUCCACUUACUCCCCUUACGCAACUUCAACCAGCACAAACCGGUUAUCAAAUGGAACACCAGGUGUUGGUGGUGAAGAGUACUCAAAUGGCACCUUAGAAGAGCCAUGAAAGAAAUUUGAACAAAGACAGGCUGACAAAUUUGCAUCAAGUCAACAACAAACAAUCCAUACAAGACAUACAUCUGGUUGAUUGCUUGAUGAUCAUAACUAUCCUUUUACCUUCUUUUUCUAAUUUUUUUCCCUAUCUUUUUUUUUUUUAACACUUGGAAGGAUUAAUAGGGUUAGUUAUUCUCAUAGCAGUAUAAUCUGAUAUAGAAGUAAACUUCAUACUUCAGGGAACAUCAAUUAGAAGCAACUCGCUGCCAGCAAACAUGAAAGGGAAAUAGUAACCAUUUCAUAAGUAUUUGGUGUUGUAGUACUCUGCUUAUGUUUCUCUGGGUUACAGAAAUCGAAGUCUUAUGUUGGAGGCCUAAA